AUGCCUGGAUCAGCUACAGUUCUCCGGCAAGAGAGACUGAAGAAGACCAAUGCAAGGCCAGUUCCCCUUGGUUUAUUCACCAUUAAUGAGGAAGAUGAACAGCAAAAGAAUGGAAAUUCCAGAAGACCGAAAGCACCUGACACCUACAAAGUGCACGAGAAGAAAACUGCUGCCUCCAACCGGCCCGCCUCUGCUAUUUCAGGACAAAAUAGCAACCACUCAGGAAAUAAGCCAGACCCUCCGCCUGUGCUACGGGUCGAUGACCGCCAGCGACUGGCCCGGGAGCGCCGCGAGGAGCGGGAAAAGCAGCUAGGUAUCUCUAGCCCGCAUUUGGUCUUUAGGCAACACUUUGUUGAAAUGGAGCGCCAUGAAGCUGUUGUACGACGUACCAUGGAAAGGAGCCAGAAGCCAAAACAGAAGCAUAACCGUUGGUCAUGGGGAGGCCCUCUCCACGCGAGCCCCGGCAUUCACAGUACAGAUCCAGACAGGCGGUCAGUUUCCACCAUGAAUCUUUCGAAACAUGUUGAUCCCGUCAUUAGCAAGCGGCUCUCCUCUUCAUCUGCAACUUUACUAAAUUCUCCAGAUAGAGCUCGCCGCCUGCAGCUCAGCCCCUGGGAGAGCAGCGUUGUUAGCAGACUGCUGACGCCCACACACUCGUUCCUGGCCAGAAGUAAAAGCACAGCUGCCUUGUCUGGAGAUACAGCAUCUUGCAGCCCCAUCAACAUCAUGCCCUACAAAGCUGCACACUCUAGAAAUCCAAUGGAUCGCACGAAAUUCUCGGUGACACCGCCCAGCGGCUCUGCGCGGAGGAGGACCGGGCCCGGCACAGCGGGCCAUAAAAGAGAGAGGGAGAGGGAAAACGUACCCUUCCACCGCAUACCCGGCAUCCGAAGGGCUUUGUCUCCAUCUCAUCCCAAAGCCAGAUCACCAGCUUCCCCCCGACUGUGGCUCCCAUCCAAGUCCCUUCCUCAUUUGCCUGGCACACCCAGACCUACAUCUUCCUUGCCUCCCGGAUCAGUCAAAGCUACCCCUGCUCAGAUCCGGCCCCCAUCCCCUGGCAACAUCCGCCCUGUCAAGAAAGAAGUCAGAGUGGAACCUGAGAGAAAAGACCCCGAGAAGGAACCUCAGAUAGUUGCCAAUGAACCCCCACUAAAGGGCAGAGCACCUUUAGUGAAGGUAGAAGAAACCACAGUUGAAGAGGGGACACCUGGUGAACCUGAGGCUGCCUCUGCUGCUCCAGCCCCAGCCCCAGCUCCAGUCCCAGCCUCAGUCCCAGUACCAGUCCCAGCGCCGGUCCCAAUGCCAGUCCCAGUGCCGUCAUCCACUGUGACUGCCAGUGCUUCUCCUAAGACCUCGGCAGGCACCACCGACCCCGAAGAGGCCACGAGGCUGCUGGCUGAGAAGAGGCGGCUGGCGCGAGAGCAGCGGGAGAAGGAGGAGAGGGAGAAGAGGGAGCGGGAGGAGCUCGAAAGACAGAAGAGGGAGGAAUUGGCUCAAAAGGUGGCAGAAGAGAGAAGUCGGAGGGAGGAAGAAUCCCGGCGGCUGGAGGCAGAGCAGGCCCGGGAGCGGGAAGAGCAGCUGCGGCGCCAGGCGGAGGAGCGGGCACGGCGGGAGCGCGAGGAGGUGGAGCGGCUGCAGAAACAGAAAGAAGAAGAAGCUCGUGUUCGCGAAGAAGCAGAGAGGGCCCGGCAGGAGCGGGAGAAGCACUUCCAGAGAGAAGAGCAGGAGCGCCUGGAGAGAAAGAAGCGACUUGAGGAGAUUAUGAAAAGAACCAGGAGAACAGAAGCUACAGAUAAGAAAACUGUUGAUCAAAGAAAUGGAGAUAUAGCCAAGGGAGCUCUCACUGGAGAAACAGUGGUAUCUGCACUUCCAUGUAUGAUGAACUCUCCAGGCAGCGGAGACCCGGCGGCCAGCCCACAUGUGGUUACCUCACACCAAUCAAAAGUGACUGUGGACAGUACUCCCAAUUUGGAAAAGCAACCAAAUGAAAACGGAGUAUCUCUUGAGAAUGAAAAUUUUGAAGAAAUCAUAAACUUACCCGUUGGAUCUAAACCAUCCAGAUUAGAUGUCACCAAUAGUGAGAACCCAGAGAUUCCUUUGAAUCCAAUUUUGGCCUUUGAAGAUGAAGGGACGCUUGGGCCCCUGCCUCAGGUAGAUGGUGUUCAGACACAACAGACAGCAGAAGUUAUAUGAGAAUUUCUUCUGGAGAACCAAAGCAGGAAUUUAAUAAGAAUUUCUACAAUUAAUGGAAUUCCUUCCAUGCCGUAAAGGAGCAUCCCCCAUCCUCCAGUUUUCUAAAGAUUCCUUGACCAUCAUUUUGAAAAGACUUUAUUAAAACCAGCUAAAGACAACAGACUGGAAAGCUUUUCUAAUAAUUUCGCCAAUAGAAAAAAAGAAAUGCUCCACGUUCUCCAGUACUUUAAAAUGGCUUUUUCCAGUGAACUUCUUUUAGCAAAUUUUUUUUUUUAAUUCUCUGAAAGAUGAGAGCAUUUGGCUGUAAAAGAAAUUGGCUGACUUGGCAUGACUUUUCACAUAGAUAUUCAGUCUUUAAAAGCUAACAGGUAAAAUUGGCACACAAAAAUUUACCUUUUACGAUGCAAUACUUGAAAAAUAAGUACCUCUUUGCUCUACAAGUAGAGUGAAUAGGAGAGGUGUUUAAAUUAAGCCUGUUUGUUUAAAUAAUAUUGCAAAGAGCUCUAUUUGUAGAGGCAAAUUAUUGGCAGAUCAGCAGGUUCUUGUAAAUGUAACUUGUACAUGGACAUUCUGCAAACCCAGCAGUCACAUCCUUGCAUCUCGUUUUCCAAAAGCCUACUAAACUGUUUUUAAAUGUGAAGAAAAAAAACAUUAUUUUUUCAGAGCAAGAAAAUAAUUUACUGUCCUCUUAAAUAAUGUAUUUAUAAAGUCUUUCUAGAUAAACUAAUCAAAUAAAUUAGAAUAAUAUGACUACAGUGCAGAUUUCAUUUAUUAGAUUCAUUCCUUAUGUUACCAUGAGAGAAUGUUACUGAUGAUUCAGGGUUAUUUCCAAAGUCUGUGUAUUGCUGCUGUCCCCAGUGAUGGUGGGACUUAUCUUUGCCUUACCUGAUGACAAAUUAUGCUGGGGGGAGGGGGGAUAAAUAUUUCUUUAAAUAAAACAAAGAAUUUGGUUUUGCUCGUUUAAGAGCAAUGAAAAAACGAUGGGACGUUGACUGUGUUUGGCACGCAGGACACAGUCACGAAUGUCCUCGUUCUGCGUGGCACCCAUCAGCUCUCACUUUGCUUUCUUCUUUACUUUUGCUGCUGAACUUAGCUGUACAAACUUGCACUUUCAUCUCCUCAUAUAAAUUCCAUUUUAUUUUACCAUUUGAGAGGCUACAGGUGACUAAAUAUUGAAGGAGAGUGAGCACAUGUGUAUAUGUGGAGUUAUAAAAAGGUAAACUUCUAGCACUGUAGUGUAUUGGUUUUUAUUAAAAGAGAGAUUGGUUAAUCUACUCCAUCGAAUGAGAGACUAUUCAUUUAUUGGACUAUUUCCUUAAAAUCCAAGCAUAUCGUCUUUAGUAAUAGCUGUAAUUUGUUAAAACGUUAAUUUGGAGGUUUUCCCAAUAACCAGUUGUCCGUGUACACAUAAUCAUAUUAAAAAUGUCUGUUCAACAAA